GCUAGUAGUGUACAGUUUAGGCUGUAAUAGGAAACAAGUACGAGUAAAACGUGUCAAACUGAGACAACCUAAUGUGAAGCUGAAUACAGAAGUUAGUUCAGUAACCGAUGUCUUUGUAGAUGUGUCUUUAUCCAGUAAACUUGGCAUUUUUGGUUACCAAAACAUUGUUAGUUAAUCUACCAAGAAAUAUGUGAUAGUAUAUGAUAAAGUUGAUCUUGUGAGGCUCAAGAGAAACAAAAAGAGAAAAAGAAAAACAUCAAAUGACAGGUUCUGUCUAGCGGUGAGUAUUUAAAAUGGUGCCGUGAGUACUUCACCAUGGCCGCAGUCGGGAUCUGGUCUCAGUUUGGAGCAGCCAGUAGCGGAGAAAUAGUGCAUCCCGAGUUUCUUCAGGACUACCAUAACAACUCGUCCCUACCGAAGCUCACUGGUGACGAAAACUGCUGUGAUGGAGACGGUUUGCUAGGACAUCAAGGUUUGGGCCAGAUCAACUGUAGCGGCAACUUUGAACCUAUCCCACACGAUCACGACUACUGUGAGCGAGUUGUAGUGAACGUAAGUGGCCUACGGUUCGAAACCCAGCUCCGGACGUUGAAUCAGUUCCCCGACACUCUUCUCGGUGAUCCAGCACGGCGUAUACGGUACUUUGACCCUCUCCGGAAUGAAUACUUCUUCGACAGAAACCGGCCAUGCUUCGAUGCAAUCCUUUACUAUUAUCAAAGUGGCGGGCGGCUUCGGCGACCUGUUAAUGUACCUUUAGACAUAUUUGCAGAGGAGAUUAAGUUCUACGAACUGGGCGAAGUGGCCUUCAACAAGUUCCGGGAAGAUGAAGGAUUUAUCAAGGAAGAAGAAAAGCCUCUUCCAACACACGAACUUCAGCAAAAAAUGUGGCUACUGUUUGAAUAUCCAGAAAGUUCUCAGGGGGCGCGGCUCAUCGCCAUUAUCUCCGUCGUUAUUAUCCUCCUGUCCAUCGUCAUAUUUUGCCUGGAGACCUUGCCGAACUUUAAACAUUACAAAGUCUUCAACACCACUAAUGGCAUUCUCAAAGUUGUAGAAGAUGAAGUGCCCAAAUUGAUCGAGCCUUUCUUUUUGAUUGAAACUUGUUGUAUAGUAUGGUUUACUUUUGAGUUGUUGGUACGCUUCCUGGCCUGCCCUGAUAAAAUAGCCUUUUUCAAGGACGUCAUGAACUCCAUAGAUUUAGUGGCCAUCAUUCCCUACUUUAUCACCCUGGGGACAGUGAUGGCCGGGGAAAACAACCGCUCCCCUGUCCAAACGAAUGAGAGGGUCAGCAAUAACCAGGCCAUGUCAUUAGCCAUUCUAAGGGUUAUCCGUUUGGUGCGAGUCUUCAGAAUUUUCAAACUAUCUAGACACUCCAAAGGCCUCCAGAUCCUGGGUCGGACACUGAAGGCAAGUAUGAGAGAGCUAGGCCUACUCAUCUUCUUCCUGUUCAUAGGAGUCAUUCUCUUCUCCAGCACUGUCUACUACGCUGAGGCCGACAACGAAAGGUCCAACUUCAAAUCCAUUCCGGAUGCCUUCUGGUGGGCCGUUGUAACCAUGACAACCGUGGGUUACGGGGAUAUGUGUCCUAUAGGUGUGUGGGGCAAGAUUGUGGGCUCUUUGUGCGCCAUAGCAGGUGUGCUGACCAUAGCGCUUCCAGUUCCCGUGAUCGUAUCUAAUUUCAACUACUUCUAUCACCGAGAAACCGACCAAGAGGAGAUGCAAUCACAAAACUUUAAUCACGUGACAGCCUGUCCCUACCUGCCAGGAACAGUGGGGCUAAAACCUCGUCGUGACUCUUUGAGUGAGUCGGGGUCAGACAUUAUGGAGCUCGAGGAAGGGGUUCUUCUCAGCUGUGACCAUUUGGACAAGAAGCCCAACUAUAAACCUCAACCAAGUAACAACAUUAGUGCCGUUGCUAUAGAAACAGAUGUGUGAUAGCAGUGCAGUGGCGGACAAGUGAACCUUAUUUCCUUCUAGGUGGAAACCAUAUUAGUUCUAUCUGAAGACGUGAUAAACUUGCCAACACUGAGCCAUCCAUCUACCAAGUCUCAGGUCAUCAAGGUGGCGCAGUGGACAGCCUGUUUCCGCUCAGCUCUUUCACUUUUCCUCGAGGGGCAAUCCAGCCGUUAAGAUUAGCUUUUAGAAUUUUUUUUUCUGAUUUUGUACGAAUGCGUUUCCAUAUGCCAAAAAAAUCACAUUUUCUCUUCUUAAAACAACGAUUACACCCCAUGUAAAUAUUACAACGCAAUUCAGAAUUAAAUUCUUUUACGUGCUGUAAUUUCUUUCCUAUUCUAGUUGUGGGAAGGCUUUUAAAGGUAAAUUAUAAAAAAUUAAAAUAAAAAAAAAUACUUCCAGUAAUUUAAGCGGGUGAAACGUAUCAAUGCGUGAAAGAAACACCAGUAUCUUUACAAAUUUUGCAUGGUCUACGAAUAUAACGCUUGAAAUGAUAUAUUACUCUUUAUCUUAAGAUUUCCACUUAUCCUCUUCUAGCCAGAGCAACAGAUUUUGAACUGCUAGCUCUGUUGUUUAUCGCCAUCUUUAGAAUAUCCUCCGUUCUUCUGGUAAACACGGAGAUGCAUCUAGACUUCGUUGAUUGUACACCAACUCUUAGCUCAUUCGAGUGUUAUGCAGUUUGAAAAUUAAAACACUGGUUUUUUUUCAUCUUCACUCUUCUACAAUGUGUAAGAUACUGCCCGCUUUUCAGAUGGAAGUAUAUUAAAGGGACAGAACGGAUCAUCUGCCAAAGCCAUUUUGUGGCCCUGUAAGUGCUCUUACUUCUCACAAGUUAAUCAAAAUAAUGUGAAUCUUUCAUGGUUUAUUCUGCUGGGCGGGGUCACAAAGAUACAACUUGGAAUGGAAAGUUAGUCUGCUUUGUUGUUUAGAGAACAGAUAGGGCAAUUUUAAUAAUCCCUUCAUUAAAAAAAACUAUUAACAAAAAAAAAAGAAAGAAUGGUAGUUAAUCCAGUUAAGGCAUGCGACAGAGCCCAAAGUAGAUAUACUUAUAUCUAUCUUUAUCUAUGCACAUUAGAAAGAACAUGGUGCUCCGAAAGCCUGGAACGUUAUUGUUGUUGUUGUUAGAUCAUAAAAUACUCAUUCCAAAACUUAAAGAACAGCAAAGGGGGGAAGGUGCAUCUGGCGAAAGGACAUGGUUGGCGCUGUUGCUCUCAUUACAUGUUGGUUCUCCAGCUGACCAUUGUCCUGCCUAAGUUGUUUAUUUACUUAUUACCUCGUACCUUUCCUUGCUAUUGUAUAUUAUGUGAUAUUAUUAUUAUUAUUAUGAUGUUGCUAAGCUGUUUCUGUACAAAGCCCACUCUUUUUUAUUCUACUACAAAACAAUCUUUCUAUACACGUUUUAAAAAUAUAUUUACUGUGAGUUUAUAGUUAUCAGAUAGCAACGAAGUAAUUCAGCGACCGUCCAGGUACAGUUUCCCUCCUAGCUGGUCGACAAGAGACUGGUGACCACUCUGUAACAUAUCGGACGAAUGGAGACUGUUUCCUUACUUGCACCAAGUCAGAAUUUAAUUUCCUUCAGGAUUGUAGAUAUCGCGCUCAAAUAAAGCUAUCUUUCAUUUUACCA